AUGACGCCGCCGCUACUGUUACAUUGCCGCUGUCGUCGCCGGAGGACUCGUUUCCGUUGCUCCGGUCAGCGAUUGCCAUCUCGAAGGACUACUGUGUCGUGUCGCUGCCCCAGCCACCGUAAGAACCGUCGUAGCGCUGCUGUUCUUCCCCUCCGAGUCGUUGCUGUCUUCCCGACUGCCAUCCUAUCCCGUCGCUGCAACGCCGCCACCGUCGGUCAAGAGCGACGUUGUUGCCGUUUGAUGAGCGGCACCAGGUGGGUGGCUGCCUCCGGAUCUCGAGAGUGGUGUGUGUGUGGUCGCUGUCUCGCUGCCGCCGCUAUCUUCUGCCGCUACGCCGCCGUGGCUGCCUUAUUCCGCCGCCACUAG